AAGCCCACCCCGCGGGGCCGUGAGGGUGCCGCCGCUCUGAGGGAGCCCGAGAGCAAGGAAAAACAAUUCAUGAUGAAACGUGAAGCUUUUUUGCAAGUUGUGUCUAAAGAGUCAAUUGAAGACUUCCUGAGUUACACUCAGAAUCCUAAAAACACAGUUGAUCAUUUUGACUUGAACGAACUCCUUCAAGAAUUGCCACGAAAGCAAAAGGAAGUGCUGUGGGAGAGACUGACACAGCUGUUGACAGAGAGCUUGAGGGAGAACCCUGUGGAAACGUGCCCGAGGACUGGAGAUGAGGAAAGUGAUGAUCACAUGGUAGUCGAGAUAACUCCACAAAUUAAACAAACUGUAGCAGUGAUCCAAGGGGUGACAGCUGUCGUGACUGCUUCCAUACCUGAAGUGGAUGAAAAUGUAAACUACAAAGCUCUUCUAGAAUGUGUUUUUAUAUUAAAUGAUAUUCUUCCUGCAUUGCCUGCAUCUGAAAAAACCCUACAGGAUGCUAUCCAACACGUAUGUGAUCUGUGGUGGCAGAAGGGACUGGAAGGCAAGGAGGUUCUGGGGAAGACUCUGUUCACCAUUCUGCUUAGAAAAAGCCUGCAUAAAGCUGCUGUGGGUGCAGAUAUAGUUCGUCUGUGGAAUCUGCAUCAGGCAUUACUUUGUUUUGAUUAUGAUUCAGAGGAGAGUAAUGAAAUCAAGGACUUGUUGCUUCAGUGUUUUAUGAGUGUAAAACACAUCAAGAAAGAAGAGGGAAGAAGAUUCCUGAGUUUUUUGUUCAGCUGGAAUAUAAACUUCAUUAGGAUGAUCCAUGGAACUGUUAAAAACCAAUUACAGUUCUUUCCAAGAUCCUUGAUGGAAUACAUCUCAGAAAUUUACUUCAGGGCCUGGAAGAAGAUGUCAGGAGAAUUCACAGAGGUACUGGAACAUGACUGCAUCCAGGAUUUUGUGUAUCAUGGAAUUCAUCUUCCCAGAAGUUCCUCUUUUCACUCUAAAGUUAGAGAGAUGCUGAGUUAUUUUCAUAAACAAAGUCGAGUUCGUCAAGGAGUAGAAGAAAUGCUCUACAGGUUGUAUCAGCCUAUCCUUUGGAGAGCAUUGAAGGUCAGAAACUCAGAAGUUCGAGCAAAUGCAGCGUUUUUGUUUGUUGAUGCUUUUCCUCUUCGUGAUCCCAAUUUUAACGCCGAAGAGAUGGACAAUGAAAUUCAGAGACAGUUUGAAGAGCUUUUUAGACUCUUGGAUGAUCCUCAUCCCGUUGUCCGCUCCACAGGGAUACUGGGAGUUACUCAGAUAACAUCCAGAUACUGGGAGAUGAUUCCUUCAGUAAUUGUUGCUGAUCUUUUAAAGAAGAUAACUGGGGAGCUGGCGUAUGAUGUGUCAUCUGCUGAUGUUCGAUGCUCUGUUUUUAAGUGCCUACCAAUAAUUUUGGACAACAACCUAAGCCAUCCAUUACUGGAACACCUCCUGCCAGUGACCAAAUACAGCCUUCGGGACAACUCGGAGAAAGUGCGAGUGGCUUUUGUCGACAUGCUGCUGAAAGUGAAGGCUACCAAGGCUGCUAAGUUCUGGAAUAUCUGUCCCAUGGAGGAUAUUCUGGCUCGUCUUGAGGUGGAUUCACGACCCGUGUCCCGGCGCAUCGUGAACCUCCUGUUCAACUCCUUCUUCCCCGUUAACCAGCCCGAGGAUGUGUGGUGUGAGCGCUGUGUCACUCUGAUCCAGAUGAAUCCAGCAGCAGCCAGAAAGUUCUAUCAGUAUGCUUAUGAAUAUACUUCCCCCACCAAUAUAGCUAAACUGAUGCUCACUAUUCGGCGCUGCUUGAAUGCCUGCAUCCAGAAAGCAAGGAAGUGUGACAGUGGUGAGGAUGAUGAUGAUGAAAGUGAGAAGGAGAACACAAGUGUGUUGGAUAAUGUGUUGUCCCUAAAUGAUGUGGCCAGCAUGGCAAGUUUGUUGGAGGUUAUUGUAAUUCUCUGGAGAAGUAUCUACAAAGCACUCAAUCACAAUGAAGAGGUCAAAGAUUAUGCUAUCACGAAAUUUGCUUCUGUACUUCCGGAAUAUUUUAAAGUAUUUAAGGAUGAGCGUUGCAUGGCUCCAUUGGUUAUUCUGGCAUCCUUUAUGCCCAUUGCUGCUGUUCCUACAUUCAGCUGUGGUGUGAUUUCCAGACUCAGAAAUAUUGACUGUGGAGCUGACCAAAGCAAAUAUUCUACCCUGAUCGACUGCAUGUGUCGCUGGGGUCAAGUGGGGCACAUUAUGGAAUUAGCCUGUGAUUGGUUGUCUGACACACUGACCCCAAGACUGAAUGUUAAAAGGCCUGGGCGCCGAGUGCACAUCAACGUAACCCAGGAAUCAAAGCCAUGCCUGGCAAUUGAUUACAUUGACUAUCUGUUGACUCAUCCUGUCAAUCGUGACUGCCUGCUGUCUGUUCCUAAAAAGAAACUGAAGAAGCUUCUGAAAAUCCUCAGUGCUGCAAAGGGGGCUCUUGUCUCAAUCCUUAAAGGAACUAAUGCAGAUUGUGGUAGCUGGGAUCAAGCAACUAGCCUGAGAGCCUUCAGCCUCUUUUGCAGGUUGAGUAUUCAUCUUCAGCACAAGUUUUGUGAGGAAGGAGAUUGCCUCUCACUUUUGAAGGAGUCAGGUGCUUGGAUAGCAGAUCAAGUUGUACCUUUUAUUCAAUCAAGUGAUCAAGAGGAUGGUAUUUCAAAACACAGUAAUGUUUCUGAAUUAAUUAUCCAGGCCUACCUGACCGUAUGUAAAGAUGUCAUAAUGGUUGGCCUUGGAAAUCUCACGUUUCAAGCACAUGUUCUGGAUUUGGCUCUUCCAAUUAUACAGACAGAGAGAGGUGGCUUUUGUGCUUCAGUGUUACUGUGUGCUCUCAAAGAAAUUGUUGAAGCUUCUUUAACUCACAAUACUGAGACAGAUGAAGUGGCCAAUCUUUUCCACACUGUACAGAACAUCUUGCAGAAAGUUUUGGCAUGUGUGGCACGUAGACUCAAGAAACAGCAGGAAGAAGGGAUUCAGUUGAUUCACUCUAUUCAGAUGCCUCUUGGAGAAUUCAUUCACGCGCUGCAGUGCUGGCAUUCAUCACUCCCAGCAGUGCACCAGGGUGUACUCUCCACUCUCCGGGCUGCAGUAGUAACAGACAUAAAUUGUCUGCUACAGAUGGCUUCCAGUGAAGAAGAUGUCACUAUACCAAAGACUAUUUCAGACCUUCCCCCUCUUUCAAGCAGUUUAAUGGCCAUAAUUAUGAAGUCAGUUAAUGUUGUCAGGUCAUUUUUAAAUGAAUUAAUGGAAAGCAUUCUCUCUGAAAAAAUUAAAGGGAUUUUUAGUCUAACAGCUACUGUCAGCAUUGUGAUGAUAAUUAAAGGUAAGCACAAAGCUGCACUCCUGAAGGAUAUUGCACCUGCCCUUCGAGGGAAGCUGGUGACGUGCAGUGAGGCCACCGAAGGGUCCAGUGGCACUGAAAGAUUUCUGUGUGAAUCAUCUCUGAAAAUUUUGGAUGAAUUUUUAAAUCCUUGUCCUCGCCAAAGCUCUUGUCAUGCAAAUUAAAGGAAGGAAGACGUAUUGCUUUUUAAAAAAGAUCUUGUAAAAUUAUGAAUAAGUAAAGUUUAUUUUCUGCUAUGCUGUACAUUUAAAGCAAGGAAAAAUGUAUAAAAGUGUAUAUAAAUAUU